GGUGAAAGAAAGUGAGGAUUGUUAACUGAGACACUGUCAGGUUCGCUAAUUGCUCAAACCCAUGCUUUACAGAGCAUUGGAUAAUUCAAAGUUACUGGGUCAGCUCUUACGGUUCAGUUUAGUUGAAAGUUUUGUGAAGUAUUAAACAAAUUAUUUGUUCAAUAUAGACUUUCAUUCUUAGAAGUACAACUAAAGGGCAUUUUUUAAAAAUUUACAGGGAAAAUGAUGAAUCCGUGAAGGAAGAGAAAUCUGAUUUAAAAGAAAAAUCUACUGGAAAUAAGAAGGCCAAUCGAUUUCACCCUUAUUCAAAAGACAAGAAUUUGGGCAGUGGAGAAAAGAAGGGUCCAAAUCGAAACAGAGUUUUCAUUAGCAACAUUCCUUAUGACAUGAAAUGGCAAGCUAUUAAAGAUCUGAUGCGAGAAAAAGUUGGUGAGGUUACAUACGUGGAGCUCUUUAAGGAUGCGGAAGGAAAAUCAAGGGGUUGUGGUGUGGUUGAAUUCAAAGAUGAAGAAUUUGUAAAGAAAGCACUAGAAACUAUGAACAAAUAUGACCUUAGUGGAAGACCUCUGAAUAUUAAAGAGGAUCCUGAUGGAGAAAACGCCCGUAGAGCAUUGCAACGAACAGGAGGGUCAUUUCCAGGAGGACACGUCCCAGACAUGGGGUCAGGGUUGAUGAAUUUGCCACCUUCAAUUCUCAAUAAUCCAAACAUUCCGCCUGAGGUUAUCAGUAAUUUGCAAGCUGGUAGACUUGGUUCUACAAUUUUUGUUGCUAAUCUUGACUUCAAAGUUGGUUGGAAAAAGCUAAAGGAAGUGUUCAGCAUAGCUGGAACUGUAAAGCGAGCAGACAUUAAAGAAGACAAGGAUGGCAAGAGCAGAGGGAUGGGCACUGUGACUUUUGAGCAAGCAAUUGAAGCAGUUCAAGCAAUUUCAAUGUUCAAUGGACAGUUUUUAUUUGAUAGACCUAUGCAUGUGAAAAUGGACGACAAGUCUGUUCCUCAUGAAGACUACCGUUCACACGAUAGUAAAACACCACAGUUACCACGUGGUCUUGGAGGCAUUGGAAUGGGACUUGGUCCAGGAGGACAGCCUAUAAGUGCUAGCCAGUUGAACAUUGGAGGCGUAAUGGGAAAUCUAGGUCCAAGUGGUAUGGGAAUGGAUGGUCCAGGGUUUGGAGGAAUGAAUAGAAUUGGAGGAGGAAUUGGGUUUGGUGGUCUGGAAGCAAUGAAUAGCAUGGGAGGAUUUGGUGGAGUUGGUCGAGUGGGAGAGUUAUACCGUGGUGCGAUGACUAGUAGCAUGGAGCGAGACUUUGGGCGUGGUGAUGUUGGAAUAAACCGAGGCUUUGGCGAUUCCUUUGGUAGACUUGGUGGUGGGAUGGGUGGCAUGAGCAGUGUGACUGGAGGAAUGGGGAUGGCACUGGACCGCGUGAGUUCCAGCUUCGAUAGAAUGGGACCAGGUAUAGGUGCCAUCCUGGAAAGGAGCAUCGAUAUGGAUCGAGGAUUUUUAUCGGGUCCAAUGGGAAGUGGAAUGAGAGACAGAAUAGGCUCCAAAGGCAACCAGAUAUUUGUCAGAAAUCUGCCUUUUGACUUGACUUGGCAGAAACUUAAAGAGAAAUUCAGUCAGUGCGGUCAUGUAAUGUUUGCAGAAAUAAAAAUGGAGAAUGGAAAGUCAAAAGGCUGUGGGACAGUCAGAUUCGACUCCCCAGAAUCAGCUGAAAAAGCCUGCAGAAUAAUGAAUGGCAUAAAAAUCAGUGGCAGAGAAAUUGAUGUUCGCUUGGAUCGUAACGCAUAAUUUCAAACCACGGUUGGAACAUUCCUUCAUCUGUUUUGCUGAAUCUCCUAGUAAAAGUCUUUUUUUUUUUUUAAAGUAAUAUUGUAUGCUUACAAAAGCUGUAAUAAUGAACUUUUGAAUAUCCCACCAGCUUUCAGCAGUAUAAUGUUAAAAAUAUACUGUGAUUUUUGUUAAUCUCAAGUUUGGGUUUCUAAAAGACAGCAAGUCUGCUCAUUCAGUUUAAAUGAAUGGUUGUACUGUUUUUAAUGAAAUAAGCUAUUUCUUGUUGUUUUCAGUAUGACAUCAUAGUAGGAUUUGUUUGUUGUCAUUUUCCUAGCUUUUAUCAGCUUCCUUUUAGGUAAAUGGCAGAUGAUUUUUUUUUUCAAAACUUGUGUUAGAAUAUUUAAUUGUCCAUGAAAAAGGGUUCAGACAAAUUAGGAUGUGAUUUUGGUUGGUUUUAAGUUGUUUUUCUUUGAUGAUAAAUAAUUACUGUAUGUUAAGUUUUGCAUUCUAAAGUUGAGGAUGUUUUUUAUUUGACUUAAAUGAAGAAAUGUUUCCCUUCUCUGCCCCUCCUACCAUUCCAUUUUCACAAAACACUAAUAUAUCAGCCUCCACAGCCCCUUAUUUUGUUAUUUCCAAUGAUUCCAAGUUCAUAUAGAACUGAUAAUACAGCAAGUCCCAAGUAUAAUAAUAGGCAAAUUACUCCCAGCUUUCUGUCCAGUUUCCAGCCAUUAAAAUGGACUACUAAAAAAAGAAAAAUAAUUGAAAUAUUGAGAGAGAUGGUUAUAUAAGUGAGUCCUUUGCUGUUCACCUCUACUGGAACUGAUGGGUUUGUAAACACAGUUUUAAUAAACCAGGGAAUACCUAGGCACAGCAUAUCAAACACAUUGGAUCCCACGAUGUUAGACAUAGCCAUGUCUCCUUUACCUACAGAGGAAAUGCAUGUGAUUAACAUGUGCAUACCAAUACUGUAUUUUAUUACUACUCUUCAUGAAAAAAAACACUGGAUAUUUUCUUGUUGUUCGUUAAUUUUGGAAAACUGUUGUUAUUAGAGAAAAAGUCUUGCUGAAUUUGUAUUUUUAAAGUUUUCUUAGGUUAGUAUUUAAAGUCCUAACAUUUAUUUAAUAAGUAUCUUUAUUUAUUAAACCAUUUUUCAAUAAGG